GAGAACAAGCGAGAUUAAAGGCAAAGGCAGAUUUCUUCAAACGAAGGCAAAAGUAAAAUAAUAUAUUUCAAUCAUGAACUCAAAACACAGACAAGUCCAGAAAUGUGUUUCUUUGAGCAUAGGGUUGCUUUGUUGGUUCCUAGGAGGCAUUGUGUUCGGAUUUAAUGCAUAUGCCAUCUCUCUCAAAGAAACAUUCAAUUACACUCAGACUGAACUGGACUAUAUUGCUUCCAGUGGCGAUUUUGGACUAAGUUUAAACUUUCUGGCAGGUGUUGCCUUUGACAAAUUUGGUACUAGAGUAUCUUGUACCAUUUCAUUUAUACUAACAGCCACUGGAUUUACAUUAAUGUGGAUGGCAACGACUUUUAGGAUAUACUUCAGUUCAAAAUUCUGGCUUUUUUGUAUUUUCUAUUUUCUGGCAUCAACUGGGACAUUGUUUGUAUUUGUACCGUCGAUGGUUGUUAAUUGCAUGAACUUUGACAUAAAACAUUCGGGCAAGAUACUUGGGUUUCUUAAUACUAUGUUUGGGGCAAGCCCUGCAAUCUACAGCGCCAUCUAUGAAGGAUUCUUUGUACAAGGUCAUAUAACGGAUCCGGGGAAUCAAAAACUUGGUGAGUUUAUGAUAAUGCUAGCCGUGAUAUCUACUUUCAUAACGCUGUCUGCUAUUUUAAUGCUUAAAAUAGUUCCCGAGGACACAAUUGAUUACGAAGAGAUUGACACAUCGAGACUAGCUGAUAAGGAAAACGUUAAGGACAUCACUGAAUAUGACGAAAUUGACCCACCCAGAGCAACUGAUAAGGAAAACGAUAAGCACCUAUACAACAUUAAUACAGUGAAAAAAGAUGAGGAAACAAACAAUACAACAGAACGUAUCCGAGAAAAGACAGCAACAGCACAGUCAUUCCAGAUGGAGAUGACGUUUUGGCAGAUGAUGAAAACGACCCAGUUUUAUUACAUUUUUAUAAUAUGUAUAAUCAUUGGGGGUCUUGGUGGAUCGUUUACGAAUAACAUUACAACUGUUUUACAAUCUUCAGUUGUUGAAAUGAAACCAAUAACUUUUACUGUUGCAAUACCAUUUUUCGCGUCAAUGGCGCGAUUUUUUGGUGGAGCGAUACCGGAUUUCAUUUUUGAGAGAUGGCCACAUAUUCCAAAGGCAUCAAUUCUUUUAUUCCCUUGCCUCAUGACUUGUUCCAGUCACAUUGUAUUCUCCUUUUUUAAUCAAAAUUCAAUAGGAUUGAUUUUUGCCUCAAUAAUGGCUGCUUUGGCUUACGGAGCCUUCUAUGUUCAAAUCAGUGUCGUUAUCAUACACUUUUUUGGUCUGAAAUACUUUGGGCAAAACAACGGUCUUGUCUUGGUCAGUCAUGGUAUUGGUAUAGUUUUAUUUCAAAAGCUGUUUGCUAUGAAUUAUGAAAGCUACAGUCCUACUGGAUCAAACUAUUGUUAUGGCGAUAUGUGCACAAAAUGGUAUUUUGCACUGGCUUCAAUGUUAAGUCUUUGUGCAAUGUUUCUAAAUGUUUGCCUUAUGAAAUUUGAAAGAUAUUAGGAACUUCAAUGAAAGUUCAAUGCCAUAUCACCUUGGAUAAAUGAUAUAAAUGACGUUGUAAUGACUGGAAAUGAACUGACUCGUGACGUGUACGGUUGCAGGCAACACUUGCUUCUCAUCAUUGGUGAUCAAAUCGCCAACUUGCAACUCACUCUAGACACCACUAUAUACUAGUAGACAAUAAGAAAGUUCAGCUACCAGAGCCUAAGAUGGUACAGUCUAGAGACUCUAAAUGGGUACAGCCUCCAGAAUCUAAGAUGGUACAGCCAGCCUCCAAAGUCUAAGAUGAACACAUCCUCCAGAAUCUUACUACUUCCGGAGACUAAGAUCAUAAGAGUAAUGAGCUAUAAGUCAGUAC